ACCGAGUGCACUCGAUGAAGCGCAUGAAGGUCCUUCCUGGAGAUAAGAUGUUUAGUGCACGAGGGUAGGGAACAAGUUAGGAUCUGGAAACGAGAUCAUUUUGGAGUGUGUGCCUUUAGGUCCUGGAGGCACCAUCCGGCUAGAGGGUGAGCCGAGGAGGACACUGACUGCUUGUUUUGUCCCUGCAGCAGCAUUGGAUUGGGGUGUUUUUUUUUUUGGUGGGCUUCUGCUGGUCUAUUUCCUGGAUGCGCGUUUUUAUUAUUAUUAUUUUUAUUUGCGCACUUGGAUACAAUAACAUCCGACGCCGCAUUGGAGGCAAAACCACGCAUAAAUAUAAAUAUAUAAAUAUAUAAAUAUACACACACACUCAUAGGAAUCGAUGGGGAAAAUAAGUUGACUGCUUCCUUGCGGGGAAAUUGUUGCUUUCUUCUUUCAUUUCCUUCAUCUCCUUCCAGGAAAAGGAUUGUGUUUGAUCACCGUCAUGGGGAUUUUGGAUACAUAGUAUCUUUGGCACUUCCGAUUUGUCGGGAUUGUUUCCUUUACUGCGCGCGAGAAUACACACACACACACACACACACACACACACACGUCCGUAUUGGUGAUUAAAAAAAUAAAUUAAUUCAACACCUAUUAUAGAUCCACGCGAGGAUUUUUUGCAUAUAUGGAGGGAAUUCGGUCGACUUUCCAUCGGUGCGUAAAAUAAACUUGGUGCCCGAGCGAAGCCCCGCAUGCAGUCCCGGCGGUGGACGCGGCCUCGGUGCGUGGAUCAGCCGACAUGGCGAGCCGUGGGGUGUGAAAGAUGAGCGCGGCGUUUCUCACGCUGACACACAUCGGUCGGUUUCCCCCUUUCACGCUGCAGGAGAGGGAACUAAAGCCGAAGGUGGAGCAGAUGCGAGGCCAGGUGCUUCCCACCUCCACCAUGCCGGAGAUCUAAGGCCGCGCACUGGAUCAUCCACCACGGGGGGAGAGGGAAUUUCUUUUUUUUCCAUCACAUCAAACAUUUUUUUUUUAUUUUGUUUUUAUUUAGUUGGGCUUUCUUUCUUUCAUACUUUUUAGUUGAAUGCCUGGUGAGAGAAGGAUCUUCUCAGACGUAGGUCAGAUCUUUUAAGAUAGAAAGAGCUGGCCAAAGAAAUGGGAGUGACCCGAUCACUCGUGCUGAUAUGACAUCUUGCCUCGUUUUUUCCUAAAUCCAAGAUCCAUGACGGCUUGACCUACACCCCCCUCAUCCCCUUCUCCCCUCUCCUACCACCAGCUGCUGCUGCUUCUUUCAUCUUCUUGACCUGUGAGGUUUCCAGCCAAAGUUUUGUUUUCUUGCUUUCCCGACAUCCUUCUGCACACUUCCAGGCUGUCCCAGAGUGCACAUGGCUCUAUGCGGGACCACGGCCGCUAACGCGGCCAAAAUGAUGGCGGCGUACGGAGGAAGCGCUUCGGCGGUGGCGUCAGCGGCCCACCAUCCGCACCACCACCACCAGCUGGCACACCUGCCCCCUCCACACCAGAUCCACCACCAGCACCACCACCAUGCCGGACAGCACCAUCUUCAACAGCAGCAGCAGCAGCAUCCAGCUCCGGGUUCGGCCGCCGCAGUCCAUCCCGUUCAGCAGCAACACGCGUCCGCCGCCAUCAUGCUCAACCCGAGCCAGCAGCAGCAACAGCAACCCUACUUUCCGUCGCCUGCACCCGGACAGGCUCCCGGUCCGGCUGCGGCUGCGGCGCCCGCUCAGGUGCAGGCUGCAGCCAUCAAGGCGCACCAUCACCACCAUCAACACCAUCUGCAGCAGCAGCUGGACAUCGAGCCCGAUCGGCCUAUCGGAUACGGGGCAUUCGGCGUGGUCUGGUCUGUGACUGACCCCCGCGAUGGUAAACGUGUGGCCCUCAAAAAGAUGCCCAACGUCUUCCAGAACCUCGUCUCCUGUAAGAGGGUCUUCCGCGAGCUGAAAAUGCUCUGCUUCUUCAAGCACGACAACGUCCUGUCAGCGCUGGACAUCCUGCAGCCUCCUCACAUUGACUACUUUGAGGAAAUCUACGUGGUGACAGAGCUGAUGCAGAGCGACCUCCAUAAGAUCAUCGUGUCUCCGCAACCCCUCAGCUCAGACCAUGUCAAAGUGUUCCUCUACCAGAUCCUUCGAGGUUUGAAGUAUCUGCACUCCGCCGGCAUUCUGCACAGAGACAUCAAACCUGGCAACCUUCUGGUCAACAGCAACUGUGUGCUCAAGAUCUGCGACUUCGGCCUUGCUCGUGUGGAGGAACCCGACGAGUCGCGUCACAUGACCCAGGAAGUCGUGACGCAGUACUACCGUGCCCCCGAGAUCCUCAUGGGAAGCCGCCAUUACUCCAACGCCAUCGACAUCUGGUCCGUGGGCUGCAUCUUCGCCGAGCUGCUGGGCCGACGCAUCCUUUUCCAGGCCCAGAGCCCCAUUCAGCAGUUGGAUUUGAUCACUGACCUGUUGGGGACGCCGUCUCUGGAGGCCAUGAGGACGGCGUGUGAGGGAGCCAGAGCUCACAUACUGAGAGGACCACAUAAACAGCCGUCCCUUCCUGUCCUUUACACCCUGUCCAGUCAGGCAACCCAUGAGGCAGUUCACCUGCUCUGCAGGAUGCUGGUCUUUGACCCGUCGAAGAGGAUCUCAGCUAAAGAUGCUCUGGCUCACCCGUACCUGGAUGAAGGACGCCUGCGCUACCACACCUGCAUGUGUAAAUGCUGCUACACCACGUCGUCUGGUCGAGUUUACACCAGCGACUUCGAGCCCGUCACCAACCCCAAGUUCGACGACGGCUUCGAGAAAAAUCUGACAUCAGUGCGGCAGGUCAAAGAGAUCAUUCAUCAGUUCAUCCUGGAGCAGCAGAAGGGGAACCGGGUACCUUUAUGUAUAAAUCCCCAGUCCGCUGCUUUCAAAAGCUUUAUUAGCUCGACGGUAGCUCAGCCCUCCGAGAUGCCUCCGUCUCCUCUGGUGUGGGAGUAACGAUGAACGACGAACGUGAGCAUUGAGAUGAAGAUGAAGACAUGAAGGUGGUGGCCGUGGUGGUGGUCGUACGCCCACCCGCCCCACACACCCCCACACACACACGAACACCCGUGAAUACGCACCUCUGGACUACUGAUGCCCCUCAAAGAAGAAAAAAAAGGAAAAAAAAAAAACGUAGCAUUUCACUGGAGUUAGCACUUAGCCCGAGCGGCUGACGUGUGUGUGUACUGUAAUACCUACUAAACCUAUAUGAAGUUGUAAAGAAGCAACCACUGCUGACUGCUUGGGAAUAAAUCGAGAGGCAGGGGGGCGGGGCUUUGGCGCAGUUUAGAAGUAUUUUCACUACUCUGUAGUCUGUACAGUGGAUUGUGUAGGUGUGUGUGUGUGUGAGAGAGAGAGAUAGAAAGAAAGAAGUGUGUCGAAACACACGGUCGCACGCCGAUGGAUGAAGACGGAAGGACGACCCGUGUGGACUCGAACGCGUGUCCGACAGAAGGAACGCUGCUGCCGUUCAUUCGCUCUGUAUGUCAUGCUUUAUUUAUUCGCUGAUUGAGGAAAUGGGUGCAAUCGCUCCGUACAGCAAAAAAAAAAUCGCACUCUCUACCUCUCUCUUUCUCUCUCUCGCACAUAUACACACACCCCAGCCUCCUAGCGCAUUUCCCAGCUCAUCACUGUUUCAUUAAUUUAUUUAAUACUAGUGAAUUAUUUUUA